CCGCCGUGGGCCGCCGUCGGGCGCUAGAUCAGCUGUCUCGCAUUGAAAGUCUGAAGUUGCUGCCCUAAGCUUGCUGUCGAGGUCUACCGGUUCCACUUCGGCUGUCUUGUAAAAUUUGAGGACAGGCGCGCGUGGAGGGUAGGGCAGUUUCGUGGCCUUGCGGCUGCCCCGUACACGCCCCCGACGCGACUCGACGAUGGGCGGCUUCGACCCCAUCCCGCCCCCGCGCACGCUCAACUUCCUCAGCUGGUGGCACGAGACGACGGCGAAGGGGAGCGUGCGCCGGGACCUCCGGCUCUCGUACGACACGACGGACGGCUCCGUGACCCUCGGCCUCGACAAGAAGACGGCCACGCUCUACCGCCUGUCGCACCUCGAGGGCAAGUACGGCCCGAUCGGGCCGUUCGACCUCUACGUGGGCGCGGCGCUCGAGGUGCUCGGGCGGCGCCUGACGCUGAAGCAGACGGCCGACCUCGCCACGAAGACGUGGGUCGAGGCCGAGGCCGCGCGCUUGCGGCGCGUCCAGGAGCGGCUCCUCGACGAGCUCCGGACCUACGGCCGCGAGGUCGGCAACCUGCCCGGCGGCGGCGUCGCGGGCUCGCACCGCACGACGAGCGCCUCCUGGGGCCUCGACACCGGGCGGCGCCGCGUGCAGAACGCCGUCGACCGGCGGCAGAACGCCUCCGACCCCCUUCGCAAGCUCGCGCGCGACAACGAGUUCCUGCGACUCCAGGUCGCGGAGUAUCGACCCGUCCACGGCGAGGUAUAAGUAG